AAGGCCAUUCACUACACAGUUGCUUCCUUCCUCUUACAUUUCCAGUUUUCCACUGCCUCUACUUCCCCAUGAAUUAUCCCCCAAAAUAGUAUUGAAGUCCAAAAUAUGCCAUUUGCUGCAGCAUUAGCAGCACCGUUGGCACCCCAAAUCUCUUCACAUAAAAAAGUGUGGGCUUCUUCCGGCACAAUCAGGAAAAAUAGCAAUGCCCAAAGACAAAAAUUGGAAAAGAAUACUCUUCGGAACGUAACAGAGGUAGUUAAAAAGGAUGCGGAGUUCAUAAGGAAGGGAAUCGGCAAGGGGCUGCAAUGGGCAAACAAAACCUUUCGCAUUCCCAAACUCACUAAGUCACUUGAUGAUUUCAUUUGGCUUCGUCAUGUUGAGGAACCGCGGGUCUCUUCAGAGGUUUUUGAUGCCCCCUCUUGGCCUCAACCUCAUUACCCAGAACUAUCUGGCAUAGACUUGUUUAUGGCUGAUGUCGAAGCAUUGGAGACAUAUCUUAAUUAUUUCUACUGCAUAUCUAAGCGAUGGACAAAGCCACUUCCUGAAACAUAUGAUCCGGAACAAGUGUCAGAAUAUUUCAAUUUAAGACCCCAUGUAGUGGCUCUUCGUCUGCUUGAGGUAUUUGUUGCCUUCACUUCUGCGGCAAUCCAAAUUAGAAUAUCUGGACUUCUCCCCACUUCGAAUGAAGAGGUCAUGAAGGAAACGUCAGACUACAUUCUUGGGAAGGUUUUAAAGGAAACGAUGCUAAACCUUGGUCCUACUUUUAUCAAGAUUGGUCAGUCUCUCUCAACAAGGCCAGAUAUAAUUGGUUCUGAAAUUACAAAGGCGCUGUCUGAGCUCCAUGAUCGAAUUCCACCUUUCCCCAGGGACGUGGCCAUGAAGAUCAUCGAGGAAGAUUUGGGUUCUCCUAUUUCGACAUAUUUUAGCUACAUCUCUGAAGAACCUGUUGCUGCAGCUUCAUUUGGUCAGGUGUAUAGAGGGAGUACUCUCGAUGGUUCAAGCGUGGCUGUGAAAGUUCAGCGGCCAGACUUGCGCCAUGUCGUAGUUCGGGAUGUAUAUAUUCUUCGUGUUGCGCUGGGACUCGUGCAGAAGAUAGCAAAAAGGAAAAAUGAUCUUCGUCUCUAUGCAGACGAGCUUGGAAAAGGGUUGGUUGGGGAGUUAGAUUACACCUGUGAAGCUGAAAAUGCCAUGAAGUUUCAGGAAGUCCAUUCUACAUAUUCUUUCAUCCGUGUUCCAAAUGUUUAUCAACGUCUAAGCGGAAAGAGAGUUUUGACUAUGGAAUGGCUCGUUGGUGAGAGUCCAACUGAUUUGCUGAUGAUGUCCUCAGAGGAUUCUGUAGUUCAUCAAUCAACACAUGGAGAGGGGUGCCAAAGUGAAGCUAAACGACGUCUGCUUGAUCUGGUUAACAAAGGAGUACAGGCAUCAUUAAUUCAACUCCUUGACACUGGGUUACUACACGCUGAUCCACACCCUGGAAAUUUAAGAUACACAUCAUCAUCACAAAUAGGGUUUCUUGAUUUUGGCUUGCUUUGUCGGGUGAAAAGAAAGCAUCAGUAUGCUAUGCUUGCAUCCAUUGUGCACAUUGUAAAUGGUGAUUGGGAGUCUCUUGUGCUCGAUCUAACUGAAAUGGAUGUUGUUAAGCCAGGGACUAAUUUACGCCUUGUCACCAUGGAUUUGGAAGUUGCUUUGGGGGAAGUUGAAUUGAAGGGUGAAAUUCCUGAUAUCAAGUUUAGCCGGGUUUUGAGUAAAAUAGUGUCCGUAGCAUUCAAGUAUCAUUUCCGCAUGCCACCAUAUUUCACCCUUCUGCUUCGUUCUCUUGCCUCGUUAGAAGGAUUGGCAGUGCGAAAGCUGAGGCAUUGUGAUACUGGUGCUCUAAAUGGGGAACUUUCUGCUACCGCUGAAAAUGCUCUGAUGGACGUUCCUCAUAAGAUAUCUGUUGUUGUACUUUCUCUAUCACCUGUGCUUUGGUAUGUUUCUGAUUAG